AUGGCUACCAAAACUGCUACCUCUGGCAUACUGGAGAAUCUUCCCCUCCGGCUCCGCAAUUUCUUCGCCCGCUACCCGCCGCAAAUAUACUCCGCAAAUGCCCUAGGAGCACCAAAAGUACCGGAAGGGGCCGUAGCCCUAGCUCCAGCUCCAAGUCCCUAUACACCAUCUCGCUCCUCAAAGGCUCCUAAAGUGGACCAAUCCGCGUUCUCAAUGUCACAGGCCUUCCUCCGCUCAGAUCCAGAACACCCAAAUCCAUUCCUACCGUAUAAAAAUCCCGAAACAGGGCGAUGGCGGGGCGCCAUGAUUUCCCUCCGACGACAGAAUGAGCUGGUUAAGUUGGCCGCGAAAUAUGGCGUGGAGGAGCUAUUACCUCCCAGCCGCAAGUCGACGGUAUAUCGGGAGACUAAGGCCGUUGAGAAAGGAUUGAGAAUUCGUGGUACGGGUAUUGGUCAGAAGGUUAAGGGUCAUAAGUGGGAGCGGACGCUAGAGGGCCGGUUGGAGGAUCGGAAGAAGGCCAUGAUGGGUAUGCCGGAGAUGAUCAGGCUGUGGAAACAGCGGGGUCAUGGAAGAGGAUGGAAGAAAUACCCACGGAAGUAA